AUGGUGACCCUUGGGAUGAGCAGCCACACAGACCGUAUGCUAAGGCUGAUGGUCGACAACGGAGUUACCAACACGGCCGUCCUUGAGCGACUGAACCAAGAGCGGUGCAUGGAGCUGAACCUGCCCUGGGCAUUGAUCGAUGCCACGCAGCGCCGUUGGACGGCCGAGAAGAUGAACAUGGGCCAGGAUCAAGGUGGAUCCAUCGAGAAGGAGGAUCCUUUCAAAAAGCUCCUGGAUGCCAACAAGGAGCGCAUGACGGGGAAGAACCUUAUCAACGCACUCCCCAACAUGCCGGGCAUGUUGACACCGCCCCUUGCAGGAGGCAUGGUCAUGGACAUCGGGGGCAUGGAAGACCAGAUCCUGUCGGCAGUGAACAGGGCGCUGGUGCCGGUCCAGGAUAUGAUCAUGUCUCGCAUGCAAGUCCUGGAGGAGAACUUGCAGCGCCAGCUCGAGACUUCGCAAGAAGCUCUGUCCCAACGCAUGGACUUCUCGCAGAUCUCGCUGCUGCAGACCGUCAACGCCUGUCAGGUGUUGCUGCAGAAGCUGGACUCUUCGCAGGAGACGGUGAUGCAGAAGAUGGACACGCAGAAGGCAGUGGUAGACCAGAUGGUGAACUCAUAUUCGGGCCUGGUCAAAAACAUCGACGGCGCCAGCGACAGCACUAAGCGUGCACUGUUGGACACUGUGAACAGCUCGUCCGAUGUGCUCCUUCAGAAGCUUGAUGCCACACAGCAGGACUUGCUGAAGCAGAGUCAAGACUCCCACUCGGUGCUUCAAACUGUGGCCCAGACGCAAACUACCCUGGCCAAGAAGGUCGACACUGGCAACGAGUUCACGCAAAAGCGAUUGGUGGAGAUGGAGUCUUGCAUUGAGCGCAAGGUGGAUGCACUCGGUGCUGCCGUCGCAGAGGGUCAAGCAGCAACCUCCGAGAAGAUCAUCCAGGCUUCACGUGCUGACCUGGCCGCUCUCGCGAGCCAGGGCAAUGCCAUGCUGGAUGCGACUGAGAAGUCGGCGGCACAGCAGGAGCAGCGCAUGACGGAUGUCCGUCGCCAGAACCUCAUGAUUCUGGACCUGCUGACCAAUGCCCAGCAAGCAAUGCAAGGCAGCGCCGAGUCCCUCGAGAAUUUCACACGCUCCGAGAUCAUGCGUGACUCUGCGGCCAACAUGGAGAUGCAGAUCCGUGACGUCAUCAUGCAGCAGAUGUCCAAGUUGCAGGAUGCGUUCUUGGGUGGUGAUGAUGAAGGUGACGGCAACUCGUUCAAGGCAGCCGUGACGUCAAUGGUCAUGAAGCUCGAGGAGAGCGCGGCUCGCUUGGAGACCGCAUCUACGCCGGCCGAGGAUGGGGAGAAGCAGGCGGACAUGCUGAACAACAUGCGGCAGGAGCUCGCCGCCUUGGCUGCAGCCUUGGCGCAGCAACAGCAAGAGGCGUCCCAGCAGAGCAUGCUCCAAGUCAGCGAAGCGCUGCGCGCUGAGCUGCUGCCGCUGAAGGAUUCGCAGACGGAGGUCACAGGAGUGUUGACGGAGAAGGUUGCUGAGCUUCAAGACUCUGUCGCCCAGAACCUGGCCAAGUUUGAGAUGGGCAUGGACAAAGUCUUGCAGACCGUCGAGGCAUCAUCUGCAAAGCCUUCCAGCCAGGAUAAGCGGUCAUCUCGUCAAGCGGAUCGCAGCGGCUAG